AUGGGCGCAAAUAACUCAACAUUAAAGGAUAAAGCUGAUAAAAAGAAAAAAUUCUUAUCUGAUGACGGAGGUGAUUUUAUUUCUAAUACUGAUGAUUAUAUAAAUAUUUUACCAAUUAAUGAAGGUGAAGCUGCAAGGACAGAUGAACUUCAUUUCGUGUUAAAAACGUUAAAUGGUGAAUCAAAUUUUGUUGCUCCGAUUGAUGAAAAAUUGAAAGAUGAAGAUGGAUUUAGGGUGUUAGAUGUCGGAUGUGGUAACGGAUCAUGGACAUUGGAUAUGGCAACAGAAUAUAAAAAAGCAAAAUUUACUGCAUUGGAUAUACUGCCAAUAUUUCCGAAUGAAAUUAGACCAAAAAAUGUAGAUUUUGCGUUGGGAAAUAUUCUCAAAGGAUUAGACUUCGAGUCAGACACAUUCGAUUAUGUGUUUAUGAGAUGUAUGAAGGCGGCCAUAUCAAAUGAUAACUGGCCAAAAGUUAUACGUGAAUUGUUAAGAAUUCUAAAACCAAAUGGUUGGUUGGAAAUAUGUGAAAUUGAUGGUGGCUUUGUUAAUGGAUCUCCUGAAGCUGAUUCGUGUUUCAAUCGAAUGGAAGAAAAGCUCUUGAAAAAAUAUGGAAUAUCAUUAGAUUUGAUCGAGUUGCUUAAAAAGACUUUUACGGAUCAUUUUCAUUCGGUGGUUGAUGUACAAUAUAUACGGAAAGAUCUUCCAUUGUGUGGUCGAUGGGAUGAUCCAGAUAAAAAUAAAAUUGCCGAAGUUUGUCGUAGAAAUAUAUCAUGGGGGGCAAAAAAUAUUGGCCAAGCGGUGGAUUUUCUUGGUCUAAAACCUAAAGAAUACGAAGAAUAUAUCGAAAAAGUCUUUGAUGGUACUAAAAAUUGUUCAUAUUGUACCAUGGCAUAUUAUAGAAUAAUCGUAAGGAAACUUCCUAAAUAG